AUGCUGGCUGAGACCAUAUUGCUGAGACGGACUGCGGAGGCGCCUUUUACCGUCGCGGUUGUGAUAUCCGAGCAAGUGCUGGCAGCAAUAAUGGAGAUCGGCGCCGCCACCGCAAGAGUUAAUCGUUGCGGCCUCGGCAUCGCCGGAUUACUGUGCUGUGCAGACCUUGCUGCCCACGCGCUCACUCUGGUCUAUGCGCGUAAAUCACCGUCGACCGAUGCAUUUGCUUUCUUGCUCGAGGCCAAGGCUUCGUUACUCGACUCGAGUAAUGGGGCAGUCGAGCUCGACUGUACACGGGCAACACCAUGUUACAUGUGUAUUCGCUAG